CUCAGUUGGGUGUGGAGGGAUUCCGAAGGAGGUUUCGGGAGGAUGCUCUGCGGUCGGAGGGUGAUGAGCUUCUUCUGGAAGAAGGAUGUGAGGAAGUUCCUCAAGCGCAAGGACAGCGACGCCGGCGAAAGAGGUCGCUUCUCCCCUCCUCCUUCCUUGGUUGGUUCCAGGGAUCUUAGGGUCUAUUUGGAUUCCUUACACUCUUUAAUCGGACACAUUUUAACGUUCUUUUUUUUUCGAGUAAAAAAGGUCCGUUUUUGGUGGUCUUAGCUCGCUUGUUUUGUAUAUAUUAUUCUUUCGAACCAAUUCUAUUGGCUGCAUUUUAAUGAAACAUGAUAUGGUUCUGUUCGCGUUUUCAUUUUUGGCUCGAAGAAUUCGAUAAAUGUCUGCGAUUUUUACUUGGGAAACGAAGGCUUUGAUGCUUUGUUUCUGGUGCCCAUCGUCUAUUUCCCACUCUCUAAGACUGAAGUAUUUGCAAGGGAAGGGGCGUCAUCACUUCCGUUUGAGUUUUUGGAAUCAGAUAGCUGUAACAUUAGCUUCGGAAAGGGUAAGAUGGAGCUCAUUCUUAAAUGUUAGUCUGUUGCUUGAACUGUACAUGGAGAACAAUGUAGAGCUCUACUUUAGAUCGAUACUGUUCACAAUCAUUUGAAUGUUUUAGAAGACAUUUCUCUUCUGAUCGAUACUGUGUUUUCUACUUGUAUUGAGAUUUAUCAGGUAGAUGAUUUUUACUUAGAAGGGGGAGGGAUUAGAUGUUCAUGCCGGCUGCUUACAGUCUAUUUCUUUUUUUAAUUAUUUUCAAGAAUUUGUGACAAAAAAGGGUCGUAAUUACUUGAAAUAUAGUGAUUGGCUCAAAUUGUUUGACAUUUUAGAACUUAAGCCACUCAUUCAUAGAUGAUUUACUUGAAUUUUUUUUAGUGUUCAACAUUAAUUGCCAGCAUCUAGUACGAGAUUAGUAGUUUGCUUUGUUUCGCUGGCACAACAUUGAUGGUCAUAUGACUGCAAGUGACACCGGCACUGUCGAGGAAAACAAUUAGAAGGCUCAAUAGUAGGGCUCUUGAGGAUCUGCGUGCUUCCCUUUUUAGUGAGCUCUGCACAUGUGAGGGUGCCAAGCAUUUGCAGCAACGGAUUUGUGGUCCAACAGUUGCUUUGUCUUUCAAUUUCCUAGUUUCUGUUGGUAUAAUUAUGAUGAACAAAUUGGUGCUUGGGGGAGUGGGGUUCAAUUACCCAAUCUUUCUAACCUUUAUUCAUUACAUCCUGAGCUGGGGUUUAAUGGCUAUAUUGAAUGCCUUCUCACUCCUUCCAGCCUCGCCUCCUGCCAAGUCGACCCCUUUUUCUUCUCUGCUAGUCCUUGGCAUUGUCAUGUCACUAUCUAAUGGCCUUGCUAAUGUUAGCUUGAAGUAUAAUAGUGUGGGAUUCUAUCAGAUGGCAAAGAUUGCUGUUACUCCGACGAUUGUUCUUGCCGAAUUUAUGCUGUUUAGGAAGGCAGUCUCUUGCCAGAAGGUGAUUGCGCUAACUAUAGUAUCUAUUGGUGUUGCUGUUGCAACAGUUACAGACCUUGAAUUCAACUUCUUUGGUGCUUGUAUAGCAUUGGCAUGGAUUAUACCUAGUGCAGUUAAUAAGAUUCUAUGGUCCAAUCUACAGCAGCAGGAUAACUGGACUGCCUUAGCUUUAAUGUGGAAGACAACACCAAUCACGCUUUUCUUUUUGGUUGCCUUGAUGCCUUGGCUCGACCCCCCUGGUGUUCUCUCCUUUCGCUGGAACUUUUCCAAUGCAUCAGCUAUUUUCACGUCAGCUGUCUUCGGUUUUCUGCUCCAGUGGUCAGGGGCUUUGGCUCUUGGGGCAACAUCUGCAACUUCUCAUGUUGUUCUCGGACAGUUCAAAACAUGUGUUAUCCUUCUUGGAGGGUACCUUCUUUUCAAUUCUAACCCAGGUCUGUCAAGUAUCUGUGGAGCUAUCACAGCUCUUGCAGGGAUGUCCUUGUACACAUACCUCAACAUGCUAGGCUCUCAUCAACAACAAGCUAAAGCAUCUCCUUGGCAAUCAUAUUUUUCUUCAAUAAAAUCUAAGCUUAGCAAGGAAGGUAGCGAUCCCCAUGAUGGAAAUUGUACUACUGAAACUGUCUAAAGGGCAGAAUCAACUGUGGGGACACUUCAGCGUUCUAUCUUGGGGAUCCACCUAGAGUGUAGAGAUUAGGAUUAUACAGAAAGUGUAAAUCAUAAGAAAGAGGAAGUAACCAGUUCAAGUUUUGGUUUGCUUUUCUCCUACUGUUUCUUCUCUUCUUUCUGACAAUUUAAUUUUCAGUCUGGGUCACCCCAGUUUGAUCAAAUUAUACUCAUCCAUAUGCUCUGCACUACCAUAAAUGUAUCGCAUACCAGGAUUAUAUCGUUCCUGGAUACUUAUUGUAAAGUUGUACGCAUACAAAAUUAACUCUAGCAGUUUUCUUGCAGAAAAAGAAUUACUUCAAUUAAUUCCCUUUAUCCA